GCUCGAGGCCGGAGAGUUGAUUCUUCUCCCGUAUCUACGUUUAGUUACUUGGGUUUUACUUAUCAUGGCUCUUUGUAGUUGGCUUUACCUGCCUCUAUGGAUGUGUGCUACCCUCGCAGCUCCGUUAAAUAGUUUACGGGGUUACAUCUCUCCUCCCUCCGUCACCAUAAAGAAUGGAACACUUGAGGGCAUCCAUUCUGGAGAAUAUGGCCAGGACUUCUUCCUCGGAAUUCCCUUUGCUCAGCCACCUGUCGGUUCUCUUCGUUUCCGCGUCCCACAACCGAUCAACACUUCGUGGACAUCCACCUACUCUGCAAAGCAGUAUUCAGCAGCAUGCAUCGGGUACGGAAGCGAUGAAUGGCCGUAUUCUUCACUCUCUGAGGACUGUUUAUAUUUGAACGUCAUUCGCCCUUCCGGCUAUGAGGACCAAAAGCUCCCCGUAGCAUACUGGAUUCAUGGUGGAGGUUUGACCGAGGGCAGUUCCAUUGACCAGCGGUACAAUAUGAGUUUCAUCGUGAAAAAGAGUGUGGAGAUUGGGAAACCGAUUAUUGGGGUGAGUGUGAAUUAUCGAUUAAGCAUGUGGGGAUUUAUUACAGGGGAUGAGGUGGUGAAGACCGGGAACACGAAUUUGGGCUUUAGGGAUCAGAGAUUGGGGAUGCAUUGGAUUCGGGAGAAUAUUGAAGCCUUUGGAGGAGACCCAAAACAGGUUACCAUCUUUGGUGAGUCCGCGGGAGGCCUUUCUGUUGGCAUGCACCUCACCGCGUACGGUGGGCGCGAUGACGAACUCUUCCGUGGUGCCAUCAUGCAAAGCGGGAAUCCUAUCAACUAUGGCACCUUUGAGUACAACCGCGACAACUUCCUAAACACCUCAACCCAGCUCGGUUGCGGGAAGGCUACAUCCAAGCUAGACUGUCUCCGCGCCAUUCCCUUCGACACUCUGAAUAACUGGAUUAAUAGCACAGCAGGGAUGAAUUUGAGAUGGUCUCCAAUUAUCGACGGAGAUUUGAUCCAAAGAAAGACCAGUGUGCAGUUACAGAGCGGGGACUUCGUCCACGUCCCCAUUAUCGACGGAGCGAACAGCGACGAAGGCACCGCAUUCGGACCCGCUGGCGUAAACACAACGCAGGAUUUUACGAAGUUGCUCGAGAACGCGCCACAGCCCGUUACCCUGACCUCCUCCCAAGCGACCAAAGCCCUAUUAGCGUAUCCCACAAACAUCACCGACGGCGCCGUUCCUACAAACGAACCCCCAUCCUUUGUCUCGCCAAAGGGUGCUAUGAGCAGGAGAUCCGACGCCUACUACGGCGACGUUACCAUGAUCGCACCCCGACGCAAGACUUGCCAGACUUGGGCUUCUUUCUCCAUCCCAGCAUACUGCUACCGAUUCAACACCAUUCCACACGGCAUACCCACAUACAUUGGCGCCACCCACUUCCAAGAAGUUGCGUUUGUAUUCGACAACACCAUGGGCCUAGGUUACGGCUACCCCGGCGUGAGCGAGAAUCCAUUUGAAGGGAAACCUCAAAGCUACUUGGACCUGGCAGCCACCAUGAGCGCCGCUUGGGUCAGUUUCGUACAUGAUGGAGCGCCUGGAGUGUAUUGGCCUAAGUAUGAGGGGGAGGUAGGACGGAAUUGGGUGUUUGAUGCUAAUGUAGCGGGGUUGGGGUAUGCUGAGAUGGAUGACUGGAGAAAAGAGGGGAUUGAUUUAAUUAACACUUGGAAUGAGGAGGUUUUCAUGCGGUAGGUUGGAUCGCUGGUAUCUAUGGACAUGCUAUCGUAAAGUGGAGUGUUUGGGACUAUUUAGGAAGGAGAAUCCUUUAGGCAUGUUGCUUGAUAUUCG